GAUCAAAGAUGGCUCCGUCUUCUACAGGCAAAUACCAGUUACCCUUGCCCACGUCAUGAUAGUCGGAUGGAUACCAUGGUACCCUACUACUACGCGUCAAAUAUUCUGGCACAACAAGUACGCGUCAAGUCCAUGAGGGCAUUUCGGGGAGCUCUCUCGAGGAAAUAGAAUCUAGUGAUAAAAGCGGGAAGCAGACGAGUGGCUACACACACAAUACAUUCUCCUUGGUUCUUGCUGGAAUAACCCUCUCGUUUGGGGAUUAAAAUACUGUUGAAUCCAUCCUAUUCCGAUUUCAUAUUCCAACGCACGCGAUGUAAUAGCACUCCAGUUUGGCUCGUCACAUUUCCAAAAUCCAAUACAAACGAAGUGACUAUGAGAAAGGGAUUGGAGGGUUGUUAACAGGAUUUACAGUGAUUUACUCGAGAACCACGAAAGGCGACGCGCGAUAUACCAUAGGACUCGCGUUUAGAUGUCAACGAUGACGAUCUCGGGGGAAGUACAUGGACCAUUCGUUCAGCCCAGUAUCGCAUCUCAUCAAUGUCGCUCGUUUCGUCGCUUAUGUGCGUUUCCAGAGCGGUCUGAUUGAUGGAAUUGAUGCAGUUGCGGUUCGGGUGGGAAGGGGAAUACCAGGACGUCCGAGUAUGCUUGUGAGAGGGAGAGGUUCUGAGUGAUGAGGAAUGCAAGCACUUGCCGGGAAGUCAUAUACGCCGCUCGCCUAUUCUGGACACGUGUAGCAACAUACGAAGGCUCGUUGAGAUGGAAAAUCGGGUAGGUGGUACGAGCUCAUCAGUAGCGACGCUAAAUUUGGGUGAUGAGUUGUUUCUGUGCACAACAUAUCAUGAGAAUCGUGUCUCCUGUACAGCCUUCAACAGCUCUCGAGUCUCGACAGCUCGCUUCUCACUAUUACUACCACCACCACCGUUGAUGGCUUUCAUUGGAGCGUCGCGGUUCUCUAUUGAGGGCGGCGCGCACAAUUACGUUCAAGGAGACCAAAUCAACAAUUAUACGACUCAAGUUGUCCAGCACCAGGUGAAGAAACGUAGGAUAUAUGAUGAGUUCCCUAACAUCCAACGCGGCCUUGUCCGCAGACUCAAGGACCUUGAUCGCAAAGAUUUUUUGUUGCGCCGGAAUAUGAACAGAUACGAAGUAGAGUUUACGGUCGAGAGAACAAUCAGCACCGCCAAGAUUCAUGGUGACAACUCGACUUUUACAGUGGUGUCGUAUAAAGGGCAGGAUGCGGAAAAGGCAUGGAAAAAGGAGUUUCGACAGUUCUCUGAGACUACCGAUACGAUGAAGAUGCAACUGUUCGGAAUUAACCGGUCAAGUGUGCCUCUUCUGAUAUUCUAUGGAGAGCUUGUGCCUCUCGCACAUUUGUGGGAUAGGCUUGGUGAGUACGGGCGGUGUUAUGCCUAUACAUUGGCUUUCAGUAUGUGGUGUUGUGAUCUGUCUACAGUGUGGAUAGAUCCUGAGCAAGGAACACUUAUUUGUGGAGUGGAGGGGCCCAGUCCGAGCUCGCUAAGUCAUAUUCCCGUCUCUGUCAAGACACUGCCAUCAAGCGUCGAACUUCUCCAAGAAGAUGUUUGCUUCCGCUACUUCUCUUGCUUACCAUUGGAUAAAAAUUUUGACCGUGGCAUUAUUGAUGCACUCUCUUGUGGAUCCCCAGUGCAUGGAGGAAUGCCUCCAAUUACCACACAACCCUAUGUCCUUUCUUGUCAGACGAAUUCCAUAAUUGCAGUCAGAAGUGAUGACUGGUUAGCAUACGGGCGCAUGGACCUUUAUUCAGAUGAAAAAUUGAUGCCAGAUGGAAGAAAAAGAUACACUCUGUAUGAUACAGACGAAUUUGACGAAGACUUGCAGUCUGUUAAUAUCUGCUCCUAUAUGAUAAACCCCACGGAUUCCUGGCUCUUACAGGCUUUGAGUGUCUUUCACAAAGUCAGAAUAUCAUUCAAUGAAGAUCUGUCGUCUUACAAGGUCAUUGCACCAGAUGUCGUGUUGAGUGGACCAAUCGAGAACUCCAGCGUCAAACAGCAACGACGCUCAGAAGGUCCACCUACAUACUUUUUCCUUGAUCUGCUACUCAAAGCUGGGCCAGUCGUGUCUUUCCACACCUGGUCUUUUGAUGAAAAUGGACAAACAUCCAUCUCACACUCUCAUUGUGAACACCUUGGUCUACCCACUGUGCUCAGCGUGAAAGUCUGGUCAAGCGACACAUAUCACUGGUCUAGCACAGUGUACAAAUCCAUUCAUAAAUGGCAGAUUGCAAGAGGUUUUGAUCCAACCACAACCGACUUUGCACGUUACCUCGAAUUCAAGUCUCCUAUAUAUGAAGUUCUGCCACAGUCAGAGCCAGGCCGGUUCGAAGAACUGAGAAUAGACCAACCCGAAGCUUUAUCUGGUAUAUUGCCCACCAAGGAGAGUUCAUCCCAGGGUGAUCGACGACAGUACUCUACGGAGACGGCCUAUAAUACAGAAGGGGAGGGGGCUCCCGUCAAUGCAGACUCGCCGACAUUUGCUUCCCCCUUACAUGAUCUCCGUUCCGAACUGGAAAUGUUCACUCAGUUAAAACCAGGGGCUGGGGAUAAUGCAUAUGAAGAUGUCGACGUGGAAUCAGAAGGUCCUACUGAUACUGCCGGUCAACACGAGUGGCCAUUUUGA